AUGCUUAUGGAUCGACAAACUACACUACCAUCUGCCAAAACCCCAUUGGAUUUCUAUAUUCGCGUGCUAUAUGGCAAACGAGUGGGCAUUUUAGUAGAUGUAGGAGAGGCAGCCGGUCAUGAUUGUCUUCCUAUGUGGUUCCUCGAGCCCAAUUCUGCCGAAGAGAAAAUUCCAGCGAAACCGGAAUCUCGACGUAUCAAACAAUUUGCCCAAGGAGAAGUCUUGGAGGAUCUCGAAGACUUGGUCAAUACGCAAAUUAAGCCUUGGAUUGAAGCCUGUUAUAAUCGCCGGAGAAUCAUGAGAAUUGCGGCCGUACAUUAUUGUUGGGGUAGAGGAAACGACGUUGCAAAAACGACCACAGGGAAUCUUGAGGAUCGUCUACGCAGCUUCGAUAUUGCUUACCUUCCUAAGACCGUACAAGAUGCAAUAAUUUUGACUAGAAUGAUGAACAUCCGUUACCUAUGGGUCGAUGCAAUUUGCAUUAUUCAAUCCUCAGAGAACGAUGACUAUAGCGAAUUCCAAACGGAGGCGAGCAAAAUGCGAGAUUACUACGCCAACGCCGAGCGCUGUAUUGCUGCGUCAGUUGCUAAUGAUGCAGCGGAAGGAUUCCUCAGAGAAAGGCUGCUUGGGCGGUACCCAAUCCAGUUCAUUUUCCUAACCUACCCAGGUACUGUUGGUCCGGAUCGGCAAUCUAUAACACUGCAUUCAAAAGAAAACGUCGCGACAUUGAGGAAUGUUAUUGAUGAAUCGCCACUGUCAAAACGCGGAUGGUGCUUACAGGAGCUUUCGCUUCCACCACGUGUACUUCAUUGGACCUCUAAUGGGCUAUACCGCGAAUGCCAAUCUUCCUACUUUCUAGAGGGAAGUUCCAAAAAGUGGGAGACGUAUGAUUAUGCCGCUACUGCUACUCCUCGGGAUAUUUUAGCGAUGCCUGACAACAAACUCUUGACCCACGAUGGCUGGCAUCGCUUACUUCGUUUGCUAUCGGAGAAAGGCUUAACAUUUUCCAAAGAUCGGAUAUACGCCAUUCAUGGUAUUGCUUGUCUCAUCAUAGAACGACUUAAAGUUGAAUACUUUAACGGCGUGUUCCGGCCAUAUCUUGCUCAAGGGCUUGCGUGGAACUACUCCCCUAGAGGUCCUUUCGAUGCAUUGCCGGAUGUAUCCGUAGAACCUAGGGACGACCGUUUUCCUACCUGGUGCUGGGCCUCGAAUGGGCCUGUCCAGUUUUCAGAUAUCCCUAAAGGUGAUUGGCACUCCUAUAUUCAUGAUGUUCAUCCACAUAUGUUCCCGACGUAUCCAGGAAACACGAGCUUGACAGACAUCAUCGACUCGAAGCUUCAUAUCAAAGCGCCAAUAAUCCAUGUCGACCUAGUUUAUGAACUUUGGGAAUCCUUCCCUCCUUCAGGGAACGUUAGUAUUGAUUGCGAUGAUGGGGAACCACUAGACCAUUACUUUUGGGUAUGGCUUGAUAAUCAGCUUGGAUCAAAUCAUUCGACGGCCACCAACAUACUACAUAAUGCUAGUCGUGAUACAUUGCUCAAAGGGGUUACUGUCCAGCAGAAAAACUGUGAAGGAUUCAGCGUCAUGUCGGCCAACACAACUGCCUCGCAACAAAAUGGCAUGGAAUUUCUCAAGGAUAAUAAUACUGCAGAUAAGAAGAUUCAAGUCAACAUGACCCCACCUCUCCCAGUGAGAAGAAAUCAGUCUAUCACUGGAAACACCAAAACACACCAUAGAUUUGGAGAAUUCCCUCGAGAAAUACAGAUUAAGAUCUUCAAACUCGCACUUCCUGACCCGCGCAUCGUCUAUCUCAGACUUGAACUCGUGGCUUCGAAGCAUGAAGAAGGAACCUGCUUCCACACGAGCGUGCGUAAAACCAGGGCACCAGGCCUGUUACCUCUGCUUGAAACAUGCACAACGUCAAAUGCCUCAGUCUAUCUCGGAGAUGGAUUUACUAAGAUCAAGAUUGAGCCUCUGGAUGGUCACCCACAUACGACCAACGAGAUGUCUACCAGCACACCUUUGAUCGCUGACAAAAUGACCGGGCUGUUGGAUGAUGUCUAUUCGCGAUGCCCAGGUCUCAAGAGGCUCAGUGUUAUUGGUUCGCAUGAUUGCGCAAGGGAGAUGCCUUCUGCUACUCGACUUCUUAACACUGAUAAAAACUUGCUCAAGCUAGACCUCAAAGAUAAGGACGGGCGUCAAGUUCCGUCUGAGGAGGCGGAUGAUAGGUAUCGAGUGUUGGAGAAAAUACUGAAAGCGCGAUAUCUUUUCGAUAGACAUUUUGAAUUAUAUCGCAAAGAAAUAGAGGAAGAAAGAAACUAUGAUGCCAUCGAAUACUGGAAGAAGGUCGAGGUAGUCGAUGUUUUAUGUUGUUGGCCUGAUGAAUCUCAGGAUGAAUCGAAUUUCUACAUCCCAGAGAUCGACUCCUAUGUGCGCUGCGACGAUGAUGGAUUCUUGGCAACCUUGCCAGAGAGUACGCCAGAUAAGUUGAUAAAGCUAAGAGAUACCCUCAAAUUAGUAGAGCUCGGAGAUGAGCAAUGGUUACACGAGCUACAUCAGGAAAUAUAUAGGCUUAGAUCGAAGCACAGUCAUGUGGGUUUAUAA